CGACACCAAUAUUAAUUUUCACCCCUAAAUUAAGGGGGGAAAAAUAACAUGUGAGAAGCACGUGCUAGGAGAGUGGAAAAUAAUAAUUAAAAAAACAGAGAGACAGAGAGGACAAUGACAAUAAAAAAAGGAAGAGCCAAAUUUCAUAUUUUUUGAGAGAGAAAGUUACGUUGGUUGUUGGUAUUGUUAGGGUCAAAACGACAUACCUUUAUAUUCCGUUGAUUCCAUCAUUCCAGCUUAAUCCAACGGCUCUUUUUGUCAGAAAUUUCCCAACUUUCCCUCUCUACAACUCAAAUUUCGAAUUCCUCUCUCUCUCUCUCUCUCUCUCUCUCUCUCUCUCUCUAUCACAUUAAAUUAAAAAAAGUUGCAAUUUUGAAAGUGCUUCUCGAACAGUGCGCCACCCGUUACCCCUUUUUUCUUUUAUCUCUUUGUUUCCUCUACUCUCUCACUUUCAAAUCUCAAACCAACCAGUCUCUCUCUCUCUCUUCCGCCAUAGAUCUCUAAUGGGUGCUUGUCUGAGCAAGAAGAAGAAGACUCCAACUUCAACUUCAGCUUCUUCCACCCCAGAUCCCAACUCCUCCAAUGGCUGCAACCCCAUUUCCCAUCCACCCAUCUCAGACCUCAAACUCAGCAACAACAACAUAACAGAGCAAGAAAAUGGCGAGAGGAAAGAGGAGAGAAACGAUUACCCGGUGAAGAAGGAGGUGUUUGUGAUCAAGCACAGGAAGAGCCAUGACGGGCGUGACAGAAAUGGGCCAAUUCCUCCACCUGAGGAGGAAAAUUCAGGCGUUUCCUCUUCUUCCUGUGAAAUUUUGGAAUCUGGGUCAGUGGGUGAAAGUUUGAAAGUGGGUUUAGUGAGAACUUCGAGCUGUACCAAAGAGGAGGUGGAUGCCAUUCUGAUUCAGUGUGGGAGAUUGAGUCGGAGUUCGUCUGCCAAGGCCAAUGGGAGGAAGUAUUCUGGCUCCAAGAGGAGCUAUGAUUUUGACCACUGUGACAGAGAUGGUGUUGAUUCUGCCAAUUUUGGUGAUGAAGAUGGGAAGAAUGCUGAUUCUGUUGAUGUCGAUGACGAGGGGACUCCGGCGGAGAAACGCCACCACCAGAGGCAGCGCCACCGCCAGUCUUCGAGGCACUCUUCUGCUCAAGGGAGGAGGAGGACGCCAAGUAGGGAGAGGGAUCAGAACCAACGGUCUAGCAGCAGGGAGAGGCGUGUCAGCCGGUCGCCUGGACGACGGUCGGCGGAAACCUCUGCAUCUAAUGCUUCGAAUAAUGCUUCCAAUGGCAAUACGAGUAACGGCAGUGGCAGUCUCAGCCGACCGGCGAAGAUGGUUUCAGUUCCUGCUACAGUCUGUCACAUGGAGAUGGACAAGAACAACAUUGUCAAUGGUGGUUGUGGUGGUACCAAUGAUUCAGUGACUGUGGCUACCGUCAAGAGGAUAUCGGUUAAAAGAAACGUCGGCGAGGCGACGGCAAUUGCGGGGACGAGGGUUGCUUCAUCGCCUCGUUCACAGUCUCCUGCAAGAACCAACGGAAAUAUUAAAGUCUUGGACGAAAAUCAGCAGCAGCAGCCAUCUCUGAGCCGCAGCUCAUCAAGAAAAGCAGAGCAAUCUCCUUACAGAAGAAACCCAUUGAGUGAGAUUGACCCCAACUCACAGCCACAGAACAAGAUUCACAACAGAAGCAAAAGGGAAACAGAAGAAGUGAUUGCUAAAGACUCCAUUAACGCUCUAAACCAGAAGCCAAAAACUGAUUCCAAAAGUUGUCACAAAGCAACAGUUUCUCAAGUGAAUAGCAGCAAAACCGCCACCGGGGGCACCACCACCAGAGGUGUUGUGAAUAUUAUCAGCUCAACAAUGCAGCAAGAGAAGUCACCAAUCAGCUGCACAACACCAUUGUCAAACACAGAGGUAGUAGUGGUUGAGCACCAGAAACCUCAGGGAUUGGCAAGGAGCAGAUCAGCAAGGCAAUCUAGAGAACUGGAUAUUAAUCCAGAAGCUUUAUUGAAUCAGAGUCAAACACCAUCUUACACCAAGAUGUUGCUUCAAGACAUUCAGAAUUUCCAUCAAAAGAGUACCAACCCUGUCUCUCUUCCAGCUUGUGUAACCAAGGCCUGUUCCAUAGUUGAAGCAGUUGCUGAUCUCAAUUCCACUACAAGUUCAAACUUCUCUGGUGCUUUCUCUGAGGAUAGAAGCAAUCCACCAACAUACCAAUCUAGCAGAAAUGACUACAAUGUUCCUCACAGUGGCAAUCUGGCAGGGAAGGGCGUGGCAGAAAUCAGAGACCCUUUUGUUGAAUCAGAAGUUGCCAUGGAUGACGACAUUAUGGAACCGAGCUUUCACAAGUACGUGACGGUGAGAAGGGGGGGUGGCCCUGUGGUUGCCGGAGGUGGAGACACAGAUGAUCAAGAAUCCUCCGGUAGCAACAGUUUUGUGGGCAGUGUUCAACAGCACCAUUGGGGCAUUUCAACUGCUUCAUGGGAACCCAACUCAGCUGAUUCAACUGACUCCUGGACGUCAAGACGGAACAUCAGAGAGGAAGGCCAUCCACAUCCUGGCUCUGGGACCAGUUUUCAAUCAAAAUCAGGGAUCCACGACGUAGACGAGACCAGACGGAGAACGACCGAGAGAAGGAGAGACUCCGAUUCCCAAAGAAGCGGGAUUGGCCGUGGGAGACUUGGAGUUGCCAGUAAAGCUCUUCAUACAAUUCCUGUUGCAGCCGCCACUGGCUCCACCUGAUUAGAUUUGUAUAGAUCUCUCUGUUUCGUUUUGUUGUCCUUUUUCAUUCUUCUCUUUGUGCUGUGGAAAACAGAAUUUCUCCUUCUGAUGGUAUUCAGUUGCAAACUUGCAACAAUUUCUCCCCUUC